AUGAUAUUUCUUCGCCAUCACCUCCAUGAGGGUCUUAAGAUUGAGUACUUGACUGUAAAAGAUCCACAAAUCCUUUGGAGUAAUCUAAAGGAGAGGUAUGACCACCAGAAAACUCUGAUAUUGCCUAAAGCUCGUUAUGAUUGGUUACAUUUAAGACUACAAGACUUUAAGUCUGUAAGUGAAUAUAACUCAUCUAAGUUCAGAAUUACUUCACAAUUGAAAUUAUGUGGAGAGAAAGUCACUGAUGCAGAAAUGUUAGAGAAAACAUACUCUAUCUUUCACGCAAGUAACAUUGUGCUGCAGACACAAUACCGUGGAAAGGGAUUUAAGAAAUAUUCUGAACUUAUAUCUUGUCUCCUUGUGGCUGAGAAAAACAACGAGCUAUUAAUGAAAAAUCAUGAAUCCCGUCCAACUGGCUCUACUCCAUUCCCUGAAGCGAAUGUGACAUCCCAUAAUGGGAAAGAAAAAUAUCAUGCCAACAAUACUGGUCGAGGACGUGGACGUGGACGUGGACGUGGACGUGGAUAUGGAUAUAGUCGAGGUCAAGGCCGAGGUGGUUCUUUCAAAAACUCGUAUCCCCAUCAGAAUUGGGACAAUAAAGAUGGAAAAUGUCAUUGGUCUAGUACAUGUCGUACACCAAAACACCUGGUUAAGCUCUAUCAACAAUCAUUGAAGAAAAAGGGAAAGAAAGUAGAAACAAAUCUUGUGUACGAAGAUGGCGAAGGUGAUUUUGAUUGUGGCAAUACAACUCACCUGGAAAUUGCUGAUUUCCUCACCACCCCUGAAGGGAAUAAUUAA